GUCAAUAUUACAAACUAAAAGUUCUUUUGUCUUGCAACUGGCCAUCUGAGUUGCGAAGAGGCAAUCUGUGCCCGGGAUUAAAAGGCUGGCAGCCAUGCUACUGAGGAAGACUGUCACAAAUUGCCUUCUGAACGCUCAUCCGUUCAUACUAACAAACUUUGUAUCAUUGAAUUCUUUCCAGAGAAGCCAGACAUUACCAGGGGGAUUCAGCUUCCGCAGAGUUCGAUUAAGCAGCACAAUCUGCGCCCUAGCUUCUCUUGAGGAACAAACAGCGCACACAUCUGAAGAAGACAGAGCCAGUCUGCAAAGUCCAGCCCCUCUGAGCUCAGAGACCAGCAGCGGCCUGCUAGAACUAGGAACUUUCGGUUCACCACAUGGGGUGAAGGGUGACAUUAAGUUCUAUGCGCUGACAGACUCGCCACUGGAAAGACUGAACACUCCUGGGUCCAAGUUUGUGCAGCCACAAAGAGCCAGCGUGCUACAGCGCAACUCACAAGCCAGACCGGUGGAGGUUGAACGGUGUCGGCCCAUUCUCAACAAGGGCAAGGAGGUGUGGCUGGUGAAACUGAAGGGAAUUGACACACCUGAGGCAGCAGAGGCGUUCAAGGCGCAAUGCCUUCUGAUGCCUGCACAAGACAGGCCUGCCCUGGAGGAUGAGGAGGAAUUUUAUGUGCAGGAGCUUGUAGGCAUGCAGGUCAUCAUGCAGGAGACAGGCCAAGCUGUGGGGACUGUGGUUGAUCUGUAUGAUGGGACAGGAACAUAUGACACGUUGAGGGUGCAGCUAACAACUGAUUCUGGCAGCGGAGAGGGCGCCUCUACGAGCAGUAGAACUGUGCUGCUGCCAUUUGUAGCCGAGAUGGUGCCGAUUGUGGACAGGCAGGCCCGCAGGAUGGAGAUUGCCCCACCAGCUGGGCUGCUUGACAUUGUGACGACUCAGGAGACAAAAAAGAAGAAUGUCAGGCGACGACCUGCUCCAAGAAAAACAAAGAGUGCUGGUGCUGUGUCAGAGUAGGGGCCUAGAAGGAGAUUGAGAGGGGAUCCCGGAGAGUGUGAGUGCAGCUAGCUUUUUCAGCAAAAUUUUCCAGUGGUACAGCUUCUAUAUGAUAUUUUUGCAGUCUCGUCUGGGAACUGAUAUGAUGAUGAUGAUGAUGAUGAUGGACUAUGUAAUAAUACGGAACCCAGGCUUGC